UGACCUUGAAAGUCGUCCUUUUUUCAAAAUUACUACUUAUUUUCACUGACAGCAUAACUAUGUACAAACAAUAUAAGCUUUCUCAAGACCUUCGGGUUCGCCGAGUUUGCAGCAGAGCACCUGCCUUUUCUACGAAAUCUCUGCAGAACGGGACAAAAGGUGUGACAAGAUUAGAAGAUUAUGUUGGAAAAUACUUGGUCGCCAUAUUUUAUCCUUCGAACUUCCUAAAACUAUCAUCACAAGAGCUAUUAAAUUUCAACAGUUAUUUGUCAAACUUUCAAGAAAUCAAUUGUGAAAUUUUAGCAAUCUCUCCGGAUUCCCUAGAAUCUCAUAUCGCAUGGUAUUGUGCGCCAAUUCAGAAGAAUGGACUUGGUGAAAAUGUCCACUUUCCAUUACUAGAAGAUAAAAAUAUGAGAAUCUGCAAAGCAUAUGGAGUUUCUAAUGAGGAUAACGGAAGUGCUUUAAAGAGCAUUUUUGUAAUCGAUACAAACGGAUUGAUACGUAUUACUGUAUGUUUAGAUAAAGGAAUACACUUUUCUGUAAAGGAUAUACUGCGAAUGGUGAGAGAUUUACAAAUGAAAGAUAAGGAAGAUGAAUUGGAUAUUUUAAGACAUUCGGAAACAACAGUAAAAACGCCGCCACUUGAUUAGACGUAUUAUGUGUUAUUUUAUAUCUGGUUAGUUUUCAAAUGUCGAUGAUUUUUGUCUCUGUGAGACAAUCCCUUCUGUUGAACCCCAUGUAAAUUCAUUUUUAUUGUACAAUUUCUAACUUGUUUCCUUUCAGUUCUACCGUUACUUUAAAACCUUGAUAUGUUAUGAUUUAUUCUGUCAUUGCUUCGAUUUGUUUGUUUGUAUCUACUUUCCGAUGAUAUUGCAAAACAUGAUUAUAGUUUUAUCCAAUUGGAUAAUACUCCUUAUACUUAUGAUAUGAUAUAUACAAUUUCAGCUUGGG